UAGGGGUGGGGCCCCACCUAACAGGCAUAGAGAAGCUACUGUGCACACACCUGAGCUGAGCACCUGACAUUCAUCUCUCAGCUCAUCCUUAGGCACACCCCCAUCUUUCAGGUGAGAAAACUGAGUCUCAGGAAGGCCCCCACCCAGGGGGAGGUGGGGCAGGAUGGAAACUCAGCCCUGCCGGACUCCAAAGCCUGGCUCUCCCUCACCACACUGUCAGAAUUUGAACCUGGAGAGAGACACAAUCGGGGAAUAAACAUUCUCUUUUCUUUCUUUACCAACCUGCUGUGUUGCUGACAGAUUUGAGGGUUAUCCACGUUGACUUCCUGAAAUAGCACAAAACUCUUUCUUACUUCACGUCGUAUUUCAUGAUAAACAAACUUGUGGUCCGGAGAGGGCAGUUGUCUUACCUGCAGCUGCUGUUCAACCAGCCCCUGUAAUCCUGGGACAACCUGGACCUGCAAUUCAACACAGUGAAGAACAGGGAUAGGGUCUCCACAAAUGUGUGGGUGGUGAUUGUCAUUGGAAUAGCCUCCAUUCCCAUCAGCCACGGUGACGUAGCUGCCACCUACAUGCUGGGCUGCAUGCUUGGCCUGGUGGACCAGGACCUCACUCUCCCUGACUGCAGAUGCUUCAUUGUUCCCUCGGGCCCAUGUGCUUCCUCCUGCAAGUGUCUACUGAGCACCUUCAUGUGCUGGAACAAUGAAGAUGUGCUUAGUGGGAGCUGGUCGAGGGACUACAAGGGCAGUGUGGUCCCCUAGUUUAGGACAGGCAGUGCCCCCAUCCUGCAGCAGCACAUGAAGAAUCGCGCAUCUUUUGGCCAGUGCUGGGUGUUUUCCGAGGCCCUGACCACAGUGCUGAGAGCUUUGGGCAUGACAGUGUGCAGUGUGACUGCCUUAGAGUCAGCCCAUGACAGACAGAACCUCACGGUAGACAUCAUCCUGGAUGAGAAGGGCAAGGUCAUUUCCAGCACUAGCAAUAACUCUAUCUGCAAGCACAAACCCCCUUGCAAGCUACAAGUGGCCAUGGGUGAGAAAAGGGAGAAUGAGGAGUUGGCAGAGGGACUAGAGGAGAUGGGCAGAUCAGGGCACGGCUAUAAAUCCCUGAAGUGGUCCAUUUGGAACUGGAGCCUGGCAGGGAUGACUAAGAUACCUGUAAUGGAGAACCUUCUUCAGAUGUCCAUCCAGCCUGAUCCUAUGCUGCUGGGAGACCCUGUGAAUAUCACUAUGAUUCUAAAAAGAAAGACCUCAAUCCUCCAGCAUGUCAAAAUCUCAGCCUCUUUUUACCUGCAGUCAUACACGGGCCUCAAGGUGGAAUACCUGCAUAUCCUCCCUAAGACCAUACAGAUCCAAGAUGAAGUGAUGAAAUUGACUCUGACCUUGGACUCCAAUACCGACAUCAAGUUCAGUGAUGAGCCAGUCAUCAAAGAUUUUGUGGUUGCAGAAAUUUUAGACUCUAAAGAAAUAGUUGCCUCUUAGGUGUUCACGUUUUUCCAGUAUCCUGAGAUCUCUAUAGAGGUGAGGUGCCUGCAAGCAAGACAGGGGUCCUGCCUGGGCGCUGGUCCUGGAGUGGGUUGGGGCCCCAAAGACCGUGGGGGGUUGACUUGUUCUUCAGGCCAUGCCCUUGCUGAAGACUUCAUGGCCUUUCCAAAGACGCUGAGCUACAGCCAGGAGUUCCUUACGCAAUGCACCUGCCCCCAAGAUUCUCAGCUGAUUGCAUGUCUGUGUGCCUUUGCAUUUUCCUGGACCGUGAUGCCUGGUGAGACCAUCAGCUUCCAAAUAAAAGGCUCCCCAGUGAGAACUGGAUCCAGGAAAUUUAUUGUCAAGUUUAGCUCCAAUGAAAUGAAAGAAGUUUGUGCUGAGAGGAUUAUUCUUAUCACCAGCUAGCCUCUCUCUGACGCUGCGGAAACAGAGGGGAGCCCCACUGGCUCUGACGCUUGGCUGAGAGCUUCAGCAUCUUCUGCUUGGGGAUGAGCUUUCAGACCAUGCAUGAUUACACAGGUGAGGGCAGAUUCAAUAGCCAACUGGGUGUAGGGUAAGGAGUUCAAAGGCCAACAUGACUAGAGCCACAGGCAGCUAGACCCACUAGGCCCAGGCUUGGCCAGCCCUGGAGGCCCUGCCGACUGUGGAUGUUCUCUCAGCUUUGGCUUGGGGCUUCUCAAAGUAUAGCCACUCCUCUCUACUGCCUGCCUGAAAUCCAAGAGUUCCCUCUCCUGGAUGCUCCUCCCCGACUCCCCCUGGCUCCCUUUCAGGGACCCUAGUCUAAGUGAAGGAGCCAGGCAUCAUGGUCCUGGUGCAGUGGUUAAGAGCUCGGCUACUAACCAAAAGGUUGGCAGUU